UUCUAUCAGGUGAUGUGAAAGAUCUGUUGAUGGCUUCAGAAAAAAAAUUCACCAACCAAAAACGUAAAGAAAUUCAUGACAAUUUGAUUAAAGAUUAUAAGGAUCUCCAAGAAAAACAUGCAUAUUUGCUGAAACAGUUAUCCAUCAGUAAGGAUGGGGACGAUGAGGUUUUGAGAGACUCCAAGAAACCAUGGCGUCACAAGUAUCCUAGAGGUCUGUCUCAUGAAAAAAACAAUGAGUUGAUGGCGUCUGAAAUAAAGUUCACCAGAAAACAUCUAGAAGACGAAUAUGACACUCUGAUCAAAGCUUUUCAGGAUCAUCAAACUGAACUGAUGAGCUUGUCAGAACAAGAGAAGCAAAAAGCCCUUACACAGCAGAGUGAUGUUGAGUCUCAUAGAGCAAUUCUCUCCAGGCUAGACAGGCACAUAGAGCACAUAAAACGCCACAGGAAACACAUGGAAGAAAAAUAUGACAAUUUCAUCAACGCUUUACAGCAACUGCAUGCCAAAGCAUGUUUGUUAGACAAACAAAUGUUUAUACUGAUCAAGCGUGUGGAGCCCAAGAAACUGCGACGUAAUGAGUUUGAGAGAGGUCUGUCUAAGGAGGAGUAUGACAGUCUGUGUGUAGGAAGAGUAAACCAUACCAGGAAGCAAAUAGAGGAAGAAAUAGACACACUGGUCCAAGCUAUCAAGGAUUUCCAGGCCAGACAGACAAAUGUGUUUGGAGAACAAACAGUCAAAUACAGGAAGCAAGAAGAGACCCAAUCUGGCCCCAAGAGGCAGUACCGUACUGAGUAUGAGAAAGGUCUGUCUAACAUAGUUAAAGAUCACUGGCUCCAGACUUGGAAUCCAAAACUGGAAAGAACCAUUAGGCUUUUAAUGAAUGCCCGUAAGAAGUUGGAAGUGGAAGCUGCAGGUUGGUUAGAAGAACUAUGCAGCAAAGAGGCUGGGGAUGACACAGACUUGACAGCCUUGAAGAAUCAGUGGUGCUAUAUGAUGUAUGAAGAAGAAGUUGAUUUGCCUCAGAAUAUGCCUCUACAGCUAAAAGCAGUCAUUGAGUAUUUAGUUUCUCUACGUAAGAACCUCAAAGAAGAAGAGGCCUUUAUGUUGUGGUGGUUGUUAAGAAUGCGACAUACAGAACAAGUCAAGGCUGACUGCAUAGAGGAAUGUCCACCAAAUGAAGUGGAAGAUCACUUGCCCCAGGCUGUGGAUGUACAAUCAGCUCCACCGAAAGAAAUGGAAGAUCACUUGCCCCAGGCUGUGGAUGUACAAUCAGCUCCACCUAACAAAGUGAAAGAUCAAUUGCCCCAGGCUGUGGAUGUACUGUCAGCUGUGAAUCCAGAAGCAGAACUAGAAAGAAUAAUUGAACUUUUAAUUAAUGCCAGUAAGAAUCUGCAAGCUGAAGAGGCAUCUUUGUUGGAAGAACUAUCAAGCAGACAACCUGUGGAAGAACAGGACCAGCCUGACUCCAAGAAGCUAUGCAAAAAUCCACUACCAGUGCAAGAAGGUGAACAAGCACAGGAUGUGUGA